AUGGAUGGCGGCAGUGGGAAAGAAAGAAUAAGAUGGACGACCACCAUCAUUAUCAGCUCCUCUCUUAAGAGUUAUGAAAUCGCAACUGCCCUGGAAAAUCGAAGCCACAAGGUUCGGUAUUCAGAUACAUUGGAAAGUGGAUCGAUUGUAUUUUCUCUCUCUGGAGCUGCAUUUUUAUUGAUGGAUGCUAACGAAUGUAUAAUAUCGGCUGAGGAAAUAUUUCUAACCAAAAUUGAGAAGUUUAUUACCAUUCACCAAAAUAGUUUUUUGGUUCUAUUUGCCCCACUCCAUGGGCCUGAAGAAUGGAAUCUCAUGUUCAGGAUUCAGCAGAGAUUCUUGGGCAGUAACUUACGAAUACUUCCCGUACACAACACUGUAAAUGCCAUUGACCUUAUGUGCACUAUAGCUAAGACUUCCUCCAAACCAAACAUAGACAGCAUCUGCUACAGGAUGAUCACAGCUAAGGCUUACGUCAUAGAGCAGAGUCCUGUCUGGAGAACUCUCCAGAAGAUAAAGCUGAGCGCUGACCCAGUCAGCCCAGAUCCACAGCACUGACCUAAGGGCUCUCUAGGAGGAAUAUCCAGAUAAUUAAACUUACUAGAUUACAAUGUCCAAAUGUAUAUUUAAGGGCAUGUAUAUUAUAAAUAAUAUGUAUAAAUUAAACAUGAUUUUAUUUUGGGAGUUGGGCUGAGUGAUUCCUUUA